GUGGUGCACUGCAAUGCAUUGCAUAGCAAUAAGCAAACGCUUCAAAAACGCUUAAACUGAACUCGCUUCUUCCUCAAACCUUUUCCUAUUUUUGCCUUCUCCUCCCUCUUCUCUGCGUGGAGAAGAGAAGAGAGAGAGAAAAAAAAAUCACAUUAUUUCAUUUUACCAAUAUUAGCCAAAAAAAAAAAAAAAGUAAAUCAUCUUCUUCUUUCUCUGUUAGGGUUUUCUCUUCCGCCAUUACAGACCUCACCAAAACCACCCGCACAUCUUCUCCCUCUACAGGCAUUGCUCUCAGAUCAUCUCCAUUCUCCAAUUCGAAUCCAAUUCUCUCAAUUCUUUAUACUUUUUCACCGUUCUCGUCGCUUUCUCGCUGAAUCCCUUUCUUUCGAAGUGCGAGUUGUAGAUAUACUGGAAGUUGGAGAAUGGAGGUUAUGGCAAGGCUUCUAACCGCCGGAAGUUUCUCUCAAACUGCAGCAGACGACUCUGCCAGACAGAAGUCGGCUGCUGAGUAUAUUUAUAGGCAACUGCGCGAGGCAGAUGAAGCAAAUUUGCUCAGUGAAGAAGAUAUGCAUGUCUAUGGUGAGAGACCCAUGACCGAUCCCUUAAAGCUGGUAUGCUGCAACAAUUGCAAGAAACCAGUCAAGGACAGCCAAUUUGCUGCUCAUACAGAGCUUUGUAGAUCAUUAAAGCUCACAGAACAAACUUGCUUGGAGCUUGAUGGCAACACAGGGCAUCAAAAACCUCCAAGGAAACAAAGGAAAAAGUUAUCAAAUUCUUGUGCAACUACUUCAGUGGCGGAGAGGAGAAGUUCUGAGUUUGUGGGUAAUGUUGACACUGCUAUGUCGCAAUCCCACUUGAACGGUCAAAUCAGGGGGACUCCCUGUUCUACUAAGGUUAAAGAUGCAGCAUCUAAAUUGGAUGAUACUGGAAUUAAUUGUGGAAACAGAGUUCUCCAAGCUUCAGUAAUGCAUCCUCCAACAAAGCGUCAUAAAUUGACAGCAAGCACACAUCUUGAUGUACUAGAAGGGCACAGAACAGAGUCUGGAGUGACAAAAACUGUGAGUUUAACAGAUGGAAUUACUGGGAAGGAUUUGGUUGAAAAGACUGUUUCAGAACAUGGAGACCCUGUCCAUCAAAAUGUUGGGCAGGUCCAUAUGCAACAGCAGCACGUGAUGACAAAUGAUUUUCCUGCACCUCUUGCUACAAAGAUAUAUUAUUCACAAAGGACCAAUCGAUUGCGUGCUGCUAUUCGUCACAUGUACUUUGAGAACUUGAGUGAGGAAUUAUGUACUGAUGGUGCGGGUCAAAAGACAUCAUCACAUGGAGAGAUGGUUGCAUUGCAAGAUUCAUCUCAGGAGGAUCCUUCAUUUGAACAAAUGAACAAUGUCCCCAACAAGGAGAGCCACUCGGCAAUGACGUACUCCACCCAAAAAUCUGAUCAUAUUCUUGCAAAAAGCUCUGAAGUUUGCUUGCUUAAAGCAGGAGGUGCGCCUAGUGGUGGCUUAUCGAAUCAGUUUAUUCUUGACAAUGUUCCAAGGUCUGCAGCUACUAAUGUUGGUUUAACUAAAGGCAAUUUUCUUCCAAAGGCUUAUUCUUUUGCAAGCAACACAGGAAAUCCCCUGGGAACCAUGCAACAAACAAAUGGCAGUGUUCCUGUUGUUUAGUGCCCUUGGUAGGAAGUUUUGGGUUAGGUGAAAGUACAGGUAUCCAGUACAUUGAGGUUAGGAUUUAGCCCAUUUUUUGAAGUCUAUAAAGUAAAUUACUCAAGUUGUUUUUUCCUGACAUAUGCUUUGUAAAUGAAAACUUCGGUUAUAUAGUGGAUGAAAAUGAAGAAAAUUUUAACCUCA